CUAUGAACACCCGCCAUGACAUCAGAGGACACCAUGAGGACGCUCCAGGUUGCUGCAGUGACCGUCGGCUCCGCGGCGCCCCCAGCCCCGCCCCCCGAGAGCGGUUUGGGGCCAAAUCCCCAUAAAUCAGGUGCGGGUUGGUGCGGUGGCGGAACGUUCGUGCGCGGAACGUUCGGACCGCCGCGCUGUGUUCGCCCGGAGCCGUCCGCGGGCGGAGCGGUCCCCCGGCGGCAGAAUCACUCCAAAACAAGUGGUGCUGGCGGGAUGCUGCUCUCCCUGCUCUUCCCUCGGCUGAGCCGGCCCCUCUGGAGCCGUGUCCGGGACCUGUCCUGCUCCAGAUGGGGGUGGAAGAGGGCUGGCUGUCCCCACAGGGGUCUGCAAACAGCCUGGGCCACCUGCAGCAGUAACGUCACCCCUGUCUUCACCAGGGCUUUGGCUUUUCGUGACAAAAUUGCCAUCAUUGACCAAAACAGGGAGCACACGUACAGAGACCUGCUCAGCCAGAGCCUGCACUUAUCCCAGGAGAUCUGUAGAGUUCUGGAGUGCUCCAGCAGGGACUUGAAGGAAGAGAGGAUCUCAUUUUUGUGUCCCAAUGAUGCCUCGUACGUGGUGGCCCAGUGGGCCUCGUGGAUGAGCGGGGGCAUAGCGGUGCCCCUGUACAGGAAACACCCCGUGCCAGAGCUGGAGUACGUGAUCCAGGAUUCCCAGAGCGCUCUGGUUAUCGCAGCUGAGGAAUACGUGGGGAAAAUAGCCCCUAUUGCUGAGAAACUGGGAAUCCCAAUGCUGCCGCUUCCCAAGUCCCGUAGUGAUGGAUCCACAGGCCAUACAGCUGUGGAAGAGGGUCCCUUGACAGCCUGCUCCUCGUGGAAAGACAGAGGAGCCAUGAUCAUCUACACCAGCGGGACAACGGGGCGACCCAAGGGUGUCCUCAGCACCCAUGAGAACGUGCAGGCUGUGACCACAGGGCUGGUUGAAAAAUGGGAGUGGAAGAAGGAGGAUGUCAUUCUGCACGUGCUGCCUUUGCAUCAUGUCCACGGGGUGAUCAAUAAGCUCCUGUGUCCUCUGUGGGUGGGAGCGACGUGCAUCAUGUUCCCGGAAUUCAGCGCACAGAUGGUUUGGAAGAGGCUGCUGAGCUCCGAAGCUCCCCGUAUCAGUGUCUUCAUGGCAGUGCCCACCAUCUAUGCCAAGCUGAUGGAAUAUUACGACAAGCAUUUCUCCCAGCCACAAGUCCAGGAUUUCGUGCGGGCCUUUUGCCAGGAGAACAUCAGGUUAAUGGUGUCAGGCUCAGCAGCUCUGCCAGUGCCUGUCCUGGAGAAGUGGAAGAGCAUCACUGGGCACACCUUGCUGGAGAGGUAUGGGAUGACUGAGAUUGGGAUGGCGCUUUCUAACCCUUUGCAUGGAGUCCGUGUCCCAGGUUCCGUGGGCACCCCUCUCCCAGGGGUGGAAGUGCGCAUUGCCACUGAGACCUUGAAGAAUGGGGCUCGUUCCUACACUGUCCAUGCUCAGGGGGAUGAGAACAGCACACAGGUCAUGCCAGGUCUGGAGGGACAAGAAGGGGAGCUGCUCGUGAAAGGACCCACUGUCUUCCGGGAGUACUGGAACCGACCCAAAGAAACUGCAGAUGCCUUCACGCCUGAUGGCUGGUUCAGAACAGGAGACACAGCUGUGUACAAGGACGGCGUGUACUGGAUCAGGGGCCGCACCUCAGUGGACAUCAUCAAAAACGGAGGGUUCAAAAUCAGCGCCCUGGAGGUGGAGCGUCACCUGCUCGCGCACCCCCACAUCACAGACGUGGCUGUGAUCGGGCCCCCGGACAUGGUGUGGGGGCAGCGGGUCAGUGCUGUCGUGCAGCUGCGCAAGGGUGAGAUGCUCUCAGUGAAGGACCUGAAGGACUGGGCCAGGGAGACCAUGGCUCCAUACACCAUCCCAACAGAGCUGAUCGUGGUGGAGGAGAUUCCGCGAAACCAGAUGGGGAAAGUGAACAAGAAGGAGCUUCUGCAGCGCUUCUACUCAGCCUGAUUCCUGGCCCCAGGGCCAGGGCUGGGACCCCAGGGGUGCUUGGCCCUGAUCCACAACCGUUUUGCCUCCAAAGACGUGCUGCAGGGAUCAGCAGUAGCAGAUCUGGGCUCACCGCAGCCUGGUCCAUGAAUAAUAUCCAAUAAAAGUAGGAUUUAUUUAUCCCACCUGGCCAAGCUGAGCCAGAGCUGCAGAGUUAGGGUUUCCUUGUAUGAGAGCCCUUUGCAGGAAUCAUGGAAUCUCAGAAUGGUUUAAAUUGGAAAGGACCUUAAGCUCAUCUCAUUCCAGCCCCUGCCACGGGCAGGGGCACCUUCCACUGGACCAGGUUGCUCCAAGCCCUGUCCAACCUGGCCUUGGACACUUCCAGGGAUGGGGCAGCCACAGCUUCUCAGGGCAACCUGUGCCAGGGCCUCACCAGCCUUACAGGGAAGGAUUUCCCAGUAAAAAUGAAGAAUAAAUGCAAAAUCACACAUAAAUACUGA